AUGUCGGCCACCAUCUCGCACAAGACACUGUCGACCCUCUCCUCCGGCGGGGCCGGGGCAACCGAGUACAGCUCCCAGACUGCGGGAUCGGAGUCUUCUGGGACGAGGGGCGCCGGGCGAUGGGGCUGCUCGGCGGCGGAGGGGCGCCGGGCGGUGGGGUUGCUCGGCGGCGGAGGGGCGCCGGGCGGUGGUGGCGACGGGGCCGCAGGGCUCUGGGGCGGCGGGGUGGCGCUGGCCGGGCGGAGGGGGCGCCGGGCGGUGGUGGCGACGGGGUCGCAGGGCUCCGAGGCGGCGGGGUGGUGCUGCGGCGGGGUGGGGCGGCGGCAGCGUCCGGGCGGCGCUGGCCGGGUGGCGGUGGCGACGGGGCCGCAGGGCUCCGGGGCGCGGGUUGGUGGUGCGGCGGGGUAG